UGGAGUGUCACACCACCGGCCUUUGCCAAGCUUUGAACUCGUUGGAAUCCAGCUGUCUUAAUGAACGAUUUCCCACGUAGCAUGGACUCGCCACGACGAAAGAGUAUCGUAAACAGAUCUAGUGAUGCUACAUUAUUCUUCUUACAAUUGCAAUUCCUUGACGUGUUCCCAGGUGAAGUCCUCGUGGUCGCGCCCAAAGUGACCAUAGGCGGCGGUCUUUUGCAUAACGGGGCGCUUCAACUUCAAGUCACGUUGGAUGCAACCAGGGCGAAGGUCGAAGUUCUUCUUCGUGAUUUCAACCAAGUCGUCGUCGGUCAUACCUUCCUUGACGGUGCCGUACGAGUCGAUGUGAAUGGACAAGGGGUGCGACACACCAAUGGCGUACGACAGUUGCACAAUGACGCGCUUGGCCAAACCAUGGUGGACCAACGACUUGGCAACCCAGCGAGCGGCGUAGGCGGCCGAACGAUCGACCUUGGUCGAGUCCUUGCCGGAGAAAGCACCGCCACCGUGGGCACCCCAACCGCCGUAGGUAUCAAUGAUGAUCUUGCGACCGGUCAGACCAGCAUCACCGUGAGGGCCACCAAUGACGAAACGGCCCGAAGGGUUCAAGUGGUACACGGUCUUGUCAUCGAGGUAUUGUUCCGGGAUGACGGGGAGAAUCACGUGGUUCAUCAAGUCCCGGUGGAUUUGUUCGUUGGUCACAUCCGGGCUGUGUUGGGUAGAGAUGACAACGGUGUGGACACGCUGGGGGACCAUGCGGCCAUCGAUUUGCUUGUAUUCGAUCGUGACUUGGGUCUUGCCAUCGGGGCGGACCCAGUCAACAGUGCCGUUUUUGCGCACUUCGGUCAACUUGGCACCCAAUUGGGUCGCCAAGACGUGGGUCAAGGGCAUCAAUUCGGGGGUUUCGUCGGUGGCAUAGCCGAACAUGAUACCUUGGUCACCAGCACCAAUGUCUUCGUCCUUGGCACCGUCGACGGCAGCACCAAUUUCAGGGGAUUGUUGUUCAAUCGCAACAAUCACGUUGACGGUCUUGUAGUCCAAGCCCUUGGCGGGGUCAUCGUAACCGAUUUCCUUGAUGGCCUUGCGGAUCACUUCUUCGUAGUUGAUCGUGCCACGGGUGGUGAUUUCACCGAAGAUCAUCACCAUGCCGGUCUUGGCGCAGGUUUCGCAUGCGACACGGGAGUUGGGGUCUUGUGCAAUGCAAGCAUCCAACACUGCAUCGGAAAUUUGAUCGCACAACUUGUCGGGGUGACCUUCGUUGACGGAUUCAGAGGUGAAGAGGAAGGUGCGAUCGGUGGCCAUCUUGACACUUGCGAGCAAAUUUGAAA